AUGUGCGGGAUGGGAGAGGAAGGGUUGCCGAGAAUUGUAUGGGAGGCGAAGUGGGCGAACAAAAAGGGGGGUAGACAACCCACGGAAUGGGUCAAGGUUGUAGAGGACGUAUGGAAGGGGCUCGACAUCGACGAAGAUGAAACGCUGGAAACGGAGGGUCUACAGGGGUACCGCCGGGAGGCCGACGUUAGGGCCGUCGGGGCCGUCCGCGCACCGAGGGUCAUCCACGCUGGACACCGGCCGCCCACGUCUUGUUCUCCUUGCUGUUCGGCCUCUUCCUCGUCCUCCCCCUCGUCCUCUUGUUCCUCCUCCUCGUCCUCUUGCUCCUCCUCGCUGUUCUCGACGGGAGGUGGGUGCCGCCGAGAAACGCUUGGGUACGACGCGUGGGUGUGCUUCUGGCUCUGCGAAGAGGCCCUACGAUCGGGCACCUGCUCUCGCCGGGAUGUUCGGUACUGCUUCGCGCUGCUGGACGAAGGAAAUCUGGGGCGGGUGGGCGUUAGAGAGGUGGAGCCUUUCAUCGAGGACGCGCAAGACUGCGACGACUCUAGUCACGCGCCGUGGGCACCAAAGUUGCCGCAUCUAGUGACUCGGGUUGAGCGGAAGGUAUCCAGCGGUGGGUCCGAGGAUAUUUCGUCGGCUACAGAAACUGCCUUCGCGCGGUUCCAGGACUCGGUAGGUGUGAAACAGACCAGCGAUUGCAUUUCCCUCCAGGAAUGGUGGUGGACAUGA